AUGAUGUUCCCCUGCAGCGCGCUGCCGCCGCCCCUCUACCCGGGCUUCCUGCGUCCCCCCGCGGCCCUCCCCUCGCCCCUCAACCGGUCGCUGCCCUCCGGCUUCCUGGUGGAGGAUCUCCUCCGGCUGAGCCAGCCUGUCGGGUACAUACAUCGGACUUUCUCCUCCAGGAGUCCCGGGGACAUCCUCCCGCUCAGCCCCGGGCCGGGCUCCUCUCCCCGGGCGUGUGGAGCCGCCACAGAGCGCUCCGGGCUGCAGAGCUCCGGGCCUCCGAGCCGCGGCAGCCCCGGACCUCCGCACACCGCCUGCCCCGAGUCUGGCUUCCUCAAGUUCGGCGUCAGUGCGAUCCUGGCCCCGUCAACACGGAGCGUUCAGAGUCUUCAGACCAAAUCCUUCCCGCUGCCGUUCUUUGACGGGACGCUCCAUCCUUUCAUCAGAGCUUCCUAUUUCACAGCCUCCUCGUCGGUGGUUCCGGUUCCGGGGACGUUUUCGUGGCCCCUGGCCCCCAGAGGGAAGCCCAGGAGGGGGAUGCUGCGGCGGGCCGUGUUCUCCGACCUCCAGAGGAAGGCGCUGGAGAGAACCUUCCAGAAGCAGAAGUACAUCAGCAAACCGGACAGGAAGAAGCUCGCCGGCAAACUGGGACUCAAAGACUCGCAGGUGAAGAUCUGGUUCCAGAACCGCCGGAUGAAGUGGAGGAACUCGAAGGAGCGCGAGCUGCUGUCGACGGGCGGCUGCCGCCAGCAGACCCUCCCCACCAAGACCAACCCCCACCCGGACCUCACCGACGUGGGCUCCGACUUCUGCAGCCGGCUGAGCAGGACGACGGCCGAGAGCCAAGAGUCAAACCUCCACCACAGCCACCACCAUCACCACCACAACCACCACCUUCACCAUCAGAACCCCUCGUCCCCGUCAGAGUCGAGCAAACAGUCGGAGUCGGACGGCGAAGAAAUCACAGUUUCCUGAAGCAGCAGCGGAACCUGCCCUGUACAUAGCUGUAUGUUCUGUUUAUACGUGGUUCAGAGUGUCGACGCAGCAAAUAAAGACACUGAGCCGGAUUAGAUUUAAUAUUGUAGAGUGAAAUGUUUAAAUAUACAAAAUGUUUCUCAGCCUUUAUAUUUUCUCAAAUAAAUCUUGAAAAGUCUCA